AUGCCUGGAGAAGAGAUAGAUCGGCCCAAUCCACAGCCUCUGCCUUCCCAAAUUGACGACCAUGUCUUACAAUUGGCCGUCAAGCUGGGCAAUGAAAAGCUCGACGAGUCCACGUACACUGGACUGCAGGAGUUCAGACGCGCUGCAAAUUACAUUGCUGCUGCUAUGAUCUUUCUGAAAGACAAUGUCCUGCUUGAACGCGACCUCCAAUUUGAAGACAUCAAGCCUCGACUUCUCGGCCAUUGGGGCACCUGCCCAGGCUUGACCCUCGUAUACUCUCACCUCAACCUGUUGGCAACACAACAGAAACAAGACAUCAUCUUUGUCGUUGGUCCAGGUCAUGGCGCGCCUGGCAUUCUUUCGAGCUUGUGGCUCGAAGGUUCUCUGGGAAAGUUCUAUCCGGAGUAUAGCAGAAACAAAGAGGGAUUGCACAGGCUCAUCACCAAAUUCAGCACUCCUGGUGGGUUUCCAAGCCAUAUCAAUGCAGAGACACCUGGUGCUAUACAUGAGGGCGGAGAGCUCGGGUACGCUCUAUCGGUAGCAUUCGGUGCCGUCAUGGACAAGCCCGAUCUCAUCGUUGCCUGCGUGGUUGGCGAUGGUGAGUCAGAGAGUGGACCAACAGCCACAGCGUGGCAUGCUGCAAAGUACAUCGACCCCCAGGAAUCUGGGGCUGUGCUUCCAAUUGUGCAUGUCAAUGGAUUCAAGAUCAGCGAACGUACCAUCUAUGGCUGCAUGGACGAUAAAGAAAUGGUCACGUUGUUCACCGGCUAUGGCUACCAAUGCCGAUUUGUUGAAGACCUGGAAGACAUCGAUGCGGAUAUGUGUCGAUCUAUGGAAUGGGCUUUGGCUGAAAUCCACAAGAUCCAGAGAGCAGCCCGCUCUGGGAAGCCGAUCAUGAAGCCUAGGUGGCCUGUCUUGAUCAUGAGGACACCGAAGGGUUGGGGAGCACCGAAGAAGGUCCACGGACAGUUCAUUGAGGGAUCAUUCCGCGCGCAUCAGGUACCUCUAAUGGCCGCCAAGUCCGACCCAAGUGAAUUGAAGCAGCUUCAAGAGUGGCUAGAGAGCUACAAGCCGGACGAAUUGUUCACCAAGGAUGGCGGUGUCGUGAAAGCAAUCCUGGACAUCAUUCCCGCCGACGAGAGCAAAAGGUUGGGCCAGCAAAUAGACACAUAUGGCUCACACGAAGUGCUAAAUAUUCCGGAUUGGAAGAAUUAUGGCGUCAAGAAAGGUGGCCAAGCGAGCUGCAUGCAGACCAUUGGAGAGCUCCUUGACCAGGUCCUAAUCGAUAACCCUAAGUGUAUGAGAGUGUUUUCGCCCGACGAGCUUGUUAGCAACAAAUUAGAUGCUGUGUUCAACCACACUGGGAGGAACUUUCAAUGGGACGAGUUUUCAAAUGCUCGUGGCGGCAGAGUCAUCGAGAUUCUGUCCGAGCAUACCUGCCAAGGCAUGCUGCAAGGAUACACACUUACUGGACGCACUGGCCUCUUCCCCUCAUAUGAGAGCUUCUUGGGCAUCAUCCACACGAUGAUGGUGCAGUACAGUAAGUUUAACAAGAUGGCUCGGGAGACUACCUGGAGAAAGGACAUUAGCAGCCUCAACUACCUCGAAACUAGCACCUGGACGCGUCAAGAACAUAAUGGGUUUUCGCACCAGAACCCUUCCUUCAUUGGCGCCGUUCUGAAUCUCAAACCGAGCGCCGCCCGGGUUUACCUGCCCCCAGAUGCCAACACCUUUCUUUCCACCCUUGCCCAUUGCCUCCGCUCAACCAACUACGUGAAUCUGAUGGUUGGCUCGAAGCAGCCUCAACCAGUCUUCCUAUCUCCAGAAGAGGCUGACAAUCAUUGUCGUGCAGGCGCUUCGGUCUGGAAAUUUGCUAGCACCGACGACGGUCUCAACCCCGACGUAGUGAUUGUUGGUAUCGGUGCCGAACUCACGUUUGAAGUCAUUGAAGCAGCAGCCAUGUUGCGCAAGCUUAUUCCGAGUCUGCGGGUGCGCGUUGUCAAUGUUACGGACCUCUUGAUACUCAAGCAUCAAGGUGGACAUCCUCACGCUCUCUCGCAUGAGGACUUCGAUGCUCUCUUCACAGCUGACUGUCCUAUUCAUUUCAACUAUCACGGCUACGGGGACGAGAUCAAGGGCUUGCUAUUCGGUAGGCCCAGUCUAAGUCGUGUGAGCGUUGCAGCAUAUAGUGAGGAGGGCAGCACGACAACGCCGCUGGAUAUGAUGCUGCGGAAUGGUGUGAGCAGAUAUCAUGUCGUUGAGGCUGCUAUUAGGGGCGCGGCGAAGAGAAAUGAGAAGGUUCGCCUGGACAUGCACGAAACGCUCGGCGGUAUCCGCCACGACCUUGCAAAGGUGCAAGAGUACAUCAUGAAGAAUGGAGAAGAUCCGAGUGGUACUUAUGAUACACCAUCAUUCGAUGGCACCGGGUCUAAACAUCGGGAUGUUGGUUAUGCCGACUGA